AAUUAUAAAAAAAGGAAUGUUUAAAUUAUACAUGAGAUAUUACCAAUUUUUCAGUCCUUUUAUUCUUAUUGAUUUACAAUUUGAAUGAUAAACAACUUUAAAACAAUAGUUUUAACGUCAAAAAAUCUACUCCACAUAAUAAAAAAUGGAAUAUAUGGAUAUGAACUCGAUACCAAGUGUUAAUGAUUAUGCUCAAGAUAAUAAGAAAAGUCUUACUUAUCUAAGUAGCAGCAAGAAGAUGUUAGAGAACGGUCUUGUGCGAUAUUCUUAUAAAAUGGAACACACAAUUCUUCCACGUAGUCCAGAAUUUCGUCUAUUGGAACAUUCUAAUCCCGGUCACGACUACCCAGAAGAUACCGCAGCUCUUGACCUCUGUGUACGAAAAAAUUCAAAGGCAUCACCGAAUUACCCUUAUGACUAUCAAAUACCCUAUUGUUAUAAUGAAUUGAAUCGUUUCAGUCCGACGUCAGAAGUAUCUGAUGUAUCUAGUACUGAACAUAAGGAAUCUCAUGUUUCUUCAACAAAAAUGAAAUGCAGUAGGCCGUUCAAGGCAUAUCCGAAAGAUCCUCUUUGUAUGCCAAUUAUCAGUGCUACCUCAACUAUUUUAGGAAAAGAUUCCUCCGAAGCUUAUGUACAAUUUCGAGAAAAAAUAUUAGCACGGGCGCAAGUCACUCAAAAUGGAACAAAUAAAAAUAUGAGGAGAACUCAGACUGUAAAUACCCAAAACUCCGAUCCUACAUAUUGGGAGAAGAGAAAAAAGAAUAACGAAGCGGCAAAAAGAUCCAGGGAUGCUAGGAGGGCGAAAGAGGACGAGAUAGCAAUUAGAUGCGCCUUUUUAGAACAAGAAAAUAUCCAGUUGAAAUUAAGAUUAGCAGCAUUAGAGAACGAAAGGGAAAGAUUGCAGACCAUUCUUUAUCAUUGAAAUUUAAAAUUUAGUAUUUAGUUUCGAAUCUAGUUAAGAAAGGUGUGAUAAAUGAAACAUUAUUUAUUUUAAAUUGUACAUAGGAGAUUUGAUAGAUUUGUUUAUUAAAAAUUAUUUACCA